UGUACCCUUGUCACUCUCUGCACCAACUCCCAACCAUCUUUCCCCGCCUUUUUCACUGCAAGUUUACAACUUCAAAAAAACCCCCUUUCUCUCCACAGAACCCUAAUAAUUCAAAUGAAUUAAAAAUGCCAAUCACAGAAGAGCAAAGAGAAAGAGCAGAAUCAAAUAGACUAGCAGCUUUAGCAAAGAGAAAAGUGUUCACAGAAUCCGUAAUCAAUCAACAGCAGCAACAACAUAAUCCAUGGAAGCUAUUCAAGUGCCGAAAGCUCUCUUCCGAUCGCAUUUCUACUACUUCUACUACGCAGCACUCAAAACCACCACCUCUUGCUCCGAUAGACCCGAAUUCGGAUGCUCAUUUGGGCCAAAAGUUCCGGGUCCGCCUUGAAAUUUGCUCUCCUGACUCUUUCUCUCUCACUCCUGAGGCUUUGCGAGGGUUUAUAUAUGCUGGGGAAGAAGAGUGCUUAAGGAGAUUAAAUGUUUUCCUAGCUGAUGUAAUGCCAUCACACUACACUCAAAAUCAUGGAGGUGGAAAGGCCUGUGUUUAUAAGCUUAGAGAUUAUGAUGCAGUUUUAUCGUGUUUGAAGAACUAUAAGGUCAUUGAAAUUGAGAAGAUACCUUUUGGCACGCUACACGUUGUCCAAAGACUUUCACAUUCCUUUGAGACUGGGCGAUGGGAACCUAUCAGACCUGAACAUUUUACUGAUGAAAAGGUUGAUGAAUUGAUUGGGAAUCUACCAAGAAAGAUAUUGGAUGUGCUCUUGCCCUUCCAACUUGAUGGUUUAAGAUUUGGUCUGCGAAGGGGUGGACGUUGUCUUAUUGCAGAUGAAAUGGGUCUUGGAAAAACACUCCAGGCAAUUGCUAUUGCUGGCUGUUUCAUGAAUGAAGGUCCUAUACUUGUUGUCUGCCCAGCUAUUCUACGGUUUUCAUGGGCAGAAGAAUUAGAACGAUGGCUGCCUUCUUGUUUACCUUCUGAAAUCCACCUUGUUUUUGGUCAUCAAAAUAACCCUGCAUAUCUAACAAGAUGCCCGAGAGUUGUAGUUAUUUCUUUUAAAAUGCUUCAUCACCUGGGAAAGAGCAUGCUUGAACGAGAAUGGGCUCUCCUUAUAGUUGAUGAAUCUCACCAUGUACGUUGUUCAAAAAAGAAGUCAGAACCAAAUGAGAUAAAAGCUGUUCUUGAUGUGGCCGCAAAGGUCAAGCGCAUGGUUCUUUUGUCUGGCACACCUUCUUUGUCCAGGCCGUACGACAUCUUUCAUCAGAUAAAUAUGUUAUGGCCUGGUUUACUGGGACAGAGUAAGUAUGAUUUUGCAAAAACUUACUGUGCAAUCAAACAUGUCCCGACUUCUGAGGGGAAAAGUUUCCAGGACUUCUCAAGGGGCACCCGUUUGGAAGAACUGAACAUGUUACUUACACAAACUGUUAUGAUAAGGCGUUUGAAGAAGCAUGUGAUGGAGCAGUUACCACCAAAACGUCGGCAAAUUAUAAGAAUAUUGUUGAAGAAAUCAAAUAUAGUCUCAGCAAAAGGAGCUUUUGGAACUAUGAGUGAUAAUGCUUCUGAAGGUUGUGGUUCUUUUUGCAAGUUAAAUAAACUCUCCUACCAAGAGCUUGGUAUUGCAAAACUACCUGCAUUUCGUGAAUGGCUUUCCAUUCAUCCGCUCAUCACAGAAUCAGAUGGUGUAGCAGAAUUGGAUGUAAACUGCAUUUCUCAAAAAAUGAUAAUUUUUGCUCAUCACCAUAAAGUUCUUGAUGGAGUUCAGGAGCUCAUUUUUGAGAAAGGGAUUGGUUUUGUCCGUAUUGAUGGAAACACACUUCCCAGAGAUAGGCAAUCAGCUGUACGGUCAUUCCAAUCAUCAAAUGAGGUUAAGAUUGCAAUAAUUGGUGUAACAGCUGGUGGUGUUGGACUGGAUUUCUCUUCAGCUCAAAAUGUUGUGUUUCUGGAGCUGCCUCAGUCCUCAUCACUGAUGCUUCAGGCUGAGGAUAGAGCUCAUAGGCGAGGACAAACAAAUGCAGUCAACAUAUACAUCUUCUGUGCAAAGGACACUGUGGACGAAAGACACUGGCAAUAUUUGAACAAGAGUCUACAUCGUGUUUCAUCUACUACAAAUGGAAAAUAUGAUGCCGUGCCGGAGAUACCAGUUGAUGGUGUUUCUUAUUUAGAGUCAACAAGUGAGGGAAGUUCUGGGAAUCAGAUUUCAGACAAAGCCUCAUAUGCCAAACUUUCUGCCAUUACAGAAGAUUCUUGCACUGCAAAGAAUAUGCAACCAUUUGAAAACCAUGAUGAAGCAGCUGGGACAUUAAUCGAUAGAUCAGAAGAGCACCCUAGUUAUGGUGCCACUGCAGUUCAAACAGACGAUUUUCAUCUUAAGGUGGAACUGGCCAGUACGGCUCUUGAUAAAGAAUUGUACAAUUAUAUUGCUGAAAGUGAAAGCAAUAGUGAUGGGGGAAUUUCGUCAUCUAAGUUGGAUAAGGGAAAUGGAAGUGAGCAUGAGAUAGAAAAGGAACAAAAUCCCUUGUCUCAAACAAAAGAAACAUACAACCAUGUACCUGCUCUGGGAAAUGAAGCUGAUGAAACUUUCUCUAACCAAGUAUACUCUCUCCGCUUUGAGGUGAGCAAAUACACCGGGAGGAUACACCUGUACUCCUGCAUUCUGGGGACAGACCCAAGACCACAGCCGCUAUUUGAGAAUUUCCGACCAGAGGAAAUCGAGUCAUUUAAUUCUCUUGUGGCCAAUAAUAACAAUGAAUCAGCUACUAAACCUUUUAAGGGCAUUCCACCAUAUAGGCAUGCACUUCUUGCAUUCAUUAAAGAGUGGAACAAACUAAGGCCCAUUGAGAGAAGGAAACUGGUUGGAAAGACUCUACAGCUUCCUUUGUCUAUCGAGUUGUGCUACUUGAAUGAAAAUAUUAACCAUAGUACUGAGGGACUGCUGAAGGGUGGAAGCAAAAGACGCAUGACUCCAUGGUUUGAGAUUAGCUAUCCUUUACCAUCAGGUGCUGUUUGGAAAAAUGUAAAUUUGUCUAGUAGCUAUGGCAAGAAGGAAAAGCAAUAUACGCAGGGUUGGACUCUGAUGGAUGAGCCACUUUGUAAACUCUGUCAAACACCAUGCAAGGGCAGCAAUGCCAAGACACCUGAAUUUUUUGAGGAUCUUUUUUGUAACCUUAGCUGCUACGAAGAAUAUCGCAUAAGAACUAGUAGUAGAUCUCUUCGACAGGAACUUUUUCAAAUAGAAUAUGGAGUCUGCACGAAUUGCCAGUUAGACUGCCAUAAACUUGUGAAGACCAUACAACCUUUAACACUGGAGAGGCGAAGAGAGUAUAUUGAGAAGGUAGCACCAAAUCUGGCAAGUCGGAAGAAAUUGUUUGAUAAGCUUGUCAAUGCUCCAUCUGAAGGCAAUGCAUGGCAUGCAGACCACAUUAUUCCUGUCUACCGUGGUGGAGGUGAAUGCAGACUAGAGAAUAUGAGGACUCUCUGUGUGGCAUGCCAUUAUGAUGUCACUGCGGCACAACGUGCUGAACGACGCGCAACAUGGGCCAAGGCUAGGGCACAACUCAAAAUCAUCAUGAAUAACCUCAAAAGUGACCAGAAAAUGGAGAGUGACAGUAGUUCUAAGGGGCAGGGCCAUUCUGAAGACAUGGUGGAAGAUGAGCUUUUAGUCAAGGUUCCUGGAAGUGCCUAUUCUGUAGGAAAAGACACUAACCCUGGAACUGAAGUCCUGAACAAGUUCUCAAAAGAUGAAGAAUGAAUUAUCAGAAAAACGGUGAAAGCAUCUGCAUACAAAAUAGAUUACUUUCAAAUUCUGCUGCUUUAAUCAAAGCUACCCGUCUUUUGUAGAACAGUGAAACAGUUUUUGUAGUGUUUAGUUUGCCCAGAUUUAAGAGGAAUGUCAACGAGGGGGACUUUGACUCCCCCGCCCCGCCCCGUUAAGAGUCCGGGUGCGUAUCGGGCAUCUCUUUUUAUUAUUUUGUAUAUUCUUUAUACUAAAAUACAUUUUUUUUGUCAAUUUUAUCAGUCCAUAUGUUUAACAUUUUUAAUUAUUAUCAAGUAAUAUCAAAGGCAACAAGAUUCAAUUAGAAUAAGAAUUGAUGUAAAUAAACAUUAUACCUUUGGUUUUAGAAGGGUAGUUCAUCUUUUUUUA